UAGUCAGAAGAGUGAAGUGGACGCACUCCCAUGACCGUCGCAACCAGAUUGGCAGUGGCCAAGUGCCCAGUGGCAGUGGAAUCUCGCCUCUGCUCACAUGUGAAUGCCAGUGUCGUCCUGAAGCAGCUCGUCCGUCCAGUUCUCGAGCAACCGGAGGCCGCGCAGCUACAAAACCUGCUUUCGACAGGGGUUUUCGAUUCAUUUGUUCACAGAAUAUGAGUGAAAAAUCGGAGCUGAAUGGCGCUGUUGAAAAUGGUAGAAAUGAGAGUAAAAUUGCAACUUUACCAAAGCAAAUUGCGGAAGGAGAGCCAUUACUUGAAGAGACCAGAAAAGAAAAAGCAAGACUUCGUCUAAAGCAAGCAUUAGCAAUUGGAGGUCCAUUCAUAAUAACACUAGGCGUGGGAAUGACUUCAGGAUUUUCGGCCGUUCUCCUACCUCAACUCAUGAGCAAUGAAACAACUAUACAAAUCACUCAAGACCAAUCUUCUUGGAUAGCUAGCCUAGCAGUUCCCCCAAUGGCGGUCGGCUGUAUAUUGAGUGGCUACUUGAUGGAGGAAUUUGGACGCAGACUGAUACAAAUGUUUACCAGUAUGCUAUUCGUGAUUGCCUGGGUGAUUGUGUCGGUGUCAACGAGUGUUGAAGUCCUGUACGUUGGCCGAAUAGUGUCCGGCCUAAGUGCAGGCCUGCUCAGUCCCCUUUGCCUAGUUUACAUAGCUGAAGUAUCAGACCCAGUCAUCAGAGGCACAUUCCUAGCUUCCAUUCCGUUGGCUAUAUCCACCGGCGUGUUGGUUUCACACAGUCUGGGUACAUUCCUCAACUGGAAGCUAUCAGCAGCGAUUUGCGCUGUUUUCCCUCUGGUCAGCUAUAUAUUCUACUAUUUCGCCCCAGAGUCUCCUCUAUGGUUAGCCAACAAGGGUUACACGAAAAAGGCCGAAGAAACUUUUAGAUACCUGAGAGGAUACUCCAAGUCCUCAUCUGAUGAACUCCAUAUUCUCCUAAAUAGAACCACCAAGGCCAAAGAUAAAUCUUCUGAAAUCAAUAAAGAAACAGUGAAACGAAUCUUGAGUCCCACAUUCUUGAAACCACUGAUCACUAUGUUGGUAUUAUUUUUCAUUCAACAGUUCAGUGGAAUCAAUGCAGUCAUUUAUUACUCAGUCGAUAUAUUAAAAAGCACAACAUCCAAUGUCAACGAGUAUCUUGCCACUAUCAUUGUUGACAUUCUCAGAGUUAUAAUGUCCGUCACCAUGUGUUUUGUGAUGAAAAAAUACAAUCGGAGGAGUCUUGCCUUGUUCUCUACAAUAGCCACAGGGAUAUCACUCCUACUCUUUUCACUUGCCUUCAGAUUUCUGCCUCAAAAUUAUUCAUGGGUGAAUUUUGUCAUAAUUUCUCUCUAUAUAUGUUGCGUCUACUCAGGAUUAGUUCAGAUACCCUGGAUUUUGACAGGAGAGAUAUUCCCUACUACUAUGAGAGAGAUUGGCAGCGGAGGCUGUACCUGUUUUGCAUUCUUGAUGUUCUUCACAGUUGUGAAAACCGGUCCAGUAAUGUUUUCGGAAAUAGGAACCGGUAACGGGUUCCUUGUCUAUGCUGUGAUAGCCCUAGCAGGCUCGGUGUUCAUCUAUUUUUUCCUACCGGAAACCAAAAACAUGACACUGCAAAAGAUAGGAGAUGGAUACAAAGAUGAUAAUGACAAUAAAACAGUUACAAAAGUUUAAUUUAUAUGCGAAAAUUUCUAAAGAGGCUGUGUUAAUUUAGUUGACAAAUUAUAAUAAUUUAAGAGCUGAAGAAAAUUAAAGAAGUCUUUUAUUCAGGCUGUUAUUCAAAACACUUGAUACAUUAUAGAAAAUCAAUCAAUAUAAAGUUUCAUGCUUGUGUACUUUUUAAUUUUUUGUUGAGCGUAUUAAAUAAAAUGUUAUAAUUAUGUAAAGUUAGUAUAAAUGUACCUUUAUAGUAGCAAAAUAUGUGCGGUGAGUAGGCCGAGAG